ACAUGCACUGCUGAGCACGCUAGGGUUCCCUAGGAUUCCUCUAGUAUCUUCCAUUUUCCUUAGGGAUCUUGCUCGCUACUAUAUACAUAUUUUCAUUAUUAAUAAAGAAGCUUGAAAGCAACAGCGUAAAUUAAUAUCGAGUAUCUUUUUUAUAAAAAAAGAACCUGCUAUGCUCGAUACUGUAUGUAUGUACAUGCACUGCUGAGCAUGCUAGGGUUCCCUAGGAUUCCUCUAGUAUCUUCCAUUUUCCUUAGGGAUCGUGCUCGGUACUAUAUACAUACUUUCAUUAUUAAUAAAGAAGCUUGAAAGCAAUAGCGUAAAUUAAUAUCGAGUAUCUAUUUCUCUAAAAAGUAACAGAAAUGUAUCAGCCUGAUACGUAACGAAACGGAGGUCCAAUGUUAAUCGGCCCAGCCCGAAUGAAACCACGACAUGGGACCUGUCCCGUACCGCAUCGAACGCGUUAAGUAUCCAUCAACUUGAUCUUCGGCUGUAAAAUAGAAUCGAGUGGCUGUGAAACGGCUGUUUCACUCUCGUGCACUUAAGAUUUCGCAGGAACAGGGUAGGAUGUAGUACGCACUCUCCCUGUUAUCGACCAUAUCAAGAGAAGUGGUACACCAAAAGGAGAACGAACGAUGGCGAGCAACACCGAGUCCAACCGAGGGAGGAGAAUCGUGCUCUUGGUGUUGCUACUUUCGUUGGACCCUGAAUGGACACUGCAUAUCCCCGUUUAUACAACUCUGAUUUACUAAACGUCUUAAAUAAUCUAAUUUUUGUUAACUCGUUUGUUAAAUGUACAAAGUUCUACAGGUUGCGCGUGCCCCUAACGCGGUAGGUAACCUACCGUGGUGCCGCGUUUAAAUCGCGAUCAAAAAACCUCGUUCUUCGUUAAUAAAAAAGGAGAAAGCAGUUUGUGAAAAUUGUGUAAAUAAGAACGAAUCAUUGGAGAAAUGAAUGAUAUCGUUGUUGGUAUCAAUGUGUGGUAUUCCCCUUAGUCCUGCGGUUUAUAACAUGGUUUAUCGAUUAUUGCCUACGAAGAUACAAGUGAUAUAAAUACACGGUAAAUAAUGACAGGAGAGUGGUGCAGGUACAUGAUGAUACGUUGAAACGCAGAUCGUUUAAAUAUGCUUUCAGCUUGUUACGAAUCCUUUGUGAUUAUUUUUCAGUAGACGAAGACACUGACGAGUUUAGGUGCGUGUGUACUUUUUUUAAAGCAGUGUUUUCAUCGACUACUUUGUAUUGGUUUUGUAUCAUGUGAUUAACGAAUUAAAAUGACUUCGAUGGGACGUUACUGGAUGAAAAGUCAUGUUGAAUUCUGGAUAAUAGAAUAGUACAACUUUAAGAGACGAGUGGAAAUGAAAGAGCGGAUCAGUAAUGGAUUUGGUACAUCCGGUUCUCGUUGUGGACUUAGAGUUCGCUCGAGAGAUGAUUUCAAUCCUCUGCCGGUACAGCAAUGUUAAUAACCGCACGCUUCCUUGACAAUGAUUCGAACGAGAAUCAGCGAGGCGUUGGGCUCUAAGGAGAUACAUUAAAGUAGGAAAAGAGAAAGAAAUUAAAUCAUGGGCUCGUUGCCAAAUCUUCAUGAAUUGUCGAAGGAGAAGCUCGGUAGUCCUGCUUACCGACCAGCACCCAUUGGUGGUUUAGGACCUAUUCGGUUGCCAGCUCAACCUCCUCCAUUAGCGCAUACCCAUAGACGCGCAAGAAGCAGUGGUCAUCACCACACUCUGUGGGACAAUGAUACUAUGCUGGAGCAUAUGGCAGCAUACUCUCCAAUCUCCUGUCGUUCAACCAGAACAUCAGCCUUGUCCUGGCGUCGACGAGAUUCGAUGAAUUCCUCUGCAGGAGCGUCGUCUGUGCGUCGUUUGAUAGCAGCUGUAAGGGCAGCACCUUCCGGUCCAAGACCGCCGAAGAAAGCGAUUCUAAGGCAUUGCGCUGCUCUUCUGUUAGGACACGCGAGCUGUUCAGCCGCCACGCUGCCCAUAUUUCCCUUACAGGCUGGUCUUGGUACCUUCAAUCCUCAACUGGGGCCGAUGUUGUUGGCUCUACUUUUCGCAACCGCAACAAUCACCACUUGCUUCGCGCCGAUCCUCGUGCAGCGAUUUGGAACAAAUCUUGCAAUAAGCAGCAGCCACGUGGCCACCACCAUUUUUGUCGGAGUACAUCUUUAUCCUAAAUGGUAUAUAUUGCUACCCAGUUACGCUAUGCUGGGUGCAUGCAUGAGCCCAAGUUUCAUAGCAAGGGUAUCACAUGUAAAUGCUUCGGCAACGAGUUUAGCUCUGGUAUCUGUCGAUCCUGAGGAUCCUGAUGAAACAAGACGCGAGUGCCUUUUGAGAAGACUUAAUCGAGGGAUUAAAUUAGCAGAAGAUUUGGGUCUUGCAUUGGGUUGUCUAAUCGCUGCCAUACUUGUGAAACUAACAAAUUCAAUAUCUCUUAGUACAAUAAACGGUGAGGUAAAUGAUAUGUGCGGAGCAGAAUAUUGUCCAGAAGAGAUUUAUCUUUACAAUGGCACAACUAAUUUACCUACAUUAUCAUCUGGAACAUCAAAGAUGUUAGUUAGCAUAUGGCUCGGUCUUGCUGUCCUAGGUUUAAGUAUAUCCUGUGCUUUCCUCGAUUCUAGAAUGAAGGAACCACAGACUGUAAAUGAAAAACAUAGCACUAAAAGUAUUCUCACAUCUAUAAAAACUGCAUUUCAAGAUCCUAAGUUACAAUUGGCUGCGCCGUUAACACUUUUCAUCGGACUUGAACAGGGUUUCAUCUAUGCAGAUUUUAUAGAAGCAUACGUAGUCUGUGCAUUGGGAGGAGCUGGUACAGUAACAUUAAGUUUUCUAAGUUUAGCAUCUUUGCAAGCUCUUGCUGGUGUUACUUUAUCCAUGCUUUUGAGGCAUAUUAAAAGGUAUUUUGUUGUAGUUGUAGGAUUUGUAUUUCAUGCGUGUUUAUUACUGGUCUUGAUCACUUGGAGACCAUCUGGUGACGAUCCAGCACUUUUUCAUGUUAUAUCUGCUGCUUGGGGAGUUUGCAAUUCCAUUUGGGAAACUCUAAUAUACACAUUAGUAUUGGGAUUGUAUCCAAACUCUUGGCAAGGACCUUUAUCAACGUCCCUCUUUUGGAGGUGGCUUGGACUUGCUCUGACUCUUGGUUUACAUGGAUUGGUCUGCACACGAUUUCGUGUACUUGGUCUUGCUUGUGUGCUACUUCUCUCGGUAGUUCCUUACAUAUGGUUAGAGAUUAGACUGGCUAAAAGAGGUAAAAGCCUAGCACCAUUGUGACUGAGAGAUACAACUACAAGUGAUCUGGGUUCAAAUACGAAAAUAGAAGCUCGUUACAGAGAUUGAGAUAAGUUCGUUCCAUUUGGCUUAAGAAGGACAAGGAGACAUAAUAGAAACAGGAAGCUCUUUCCAGGACACAGUAUAUGUAAAACAAAGAAACAUUCAAGACGUAGGGUAAACAGUGUUGCUUUCGCGUGUAACACUGAAGAAAAUCAAACUACAAAUAUUAGUACUAUCGAACAAAAUGUAUCCGUGAAAGAGGUAGUGGCAGAAGUUUCUUUGCCAUCUACGAAUGAACAUCGGACAAGCGUUACAGACCACUGCAGUGUUCUUCCUGUAUCUGAAGGCUGAAUUUUUUAUUUCAUUUUGAAUAAACUCUCGAAAAGAUUUUAAUUACGAAAUAUAAGUAAUGUCCAAAUAUUUCUGUACUCGGUACGGAAAGGUGUAGAUGCGAAAUAUGUCUCUAUAUAAUAUUGAGCACAACUUAUAUUUUAUAUCUGGAUUAAAAUUAAAAAUGAAACAUUUCAAUGAUUUGAUAACAAUAUAUUUUAACAUGAAAUGUUAACAAUUUUACAGGCUUUACUAAACAUAGUCUUUCUUAAAAGUUGAAUGGAACGAACAUGAAUAAAAUAAAUCACAAAGAAUUCAUCAUCAAGCAUAAAUGCUCUUACAGAAAAUCUCUUGUUCCGUUAUAGUACGAACAAUUUAACAUAAAUUGUCGUACAAGACUGAACGAUCAUAGCAUAUAUGUAGUACAUAUAAUGUUAUUAACGAUUGAUCAUCGUAGUAUCUUUCUGACAAAUCAUUGACGUUGAAACGUCGAAAUGUACCUGAUGUCUUUCAAAACCAAAUUAAUUAUAAUUGUGCGUGGAAAAAGAAAAAAAGGUGAUCGUUAAAAUAUAUCUGCCCUGUAUCACAGAAACGAAAAAUGAAAUUACUAUAAAGUAUUUAAUAUAAGCAUAGGUGUCUAUUAAUUCGUUCAACAGGAGACCAUAUUUAUUGUACGAGUUUUCGUUCAUUCUGCGCAUGCGUGGUUCGAGCACGCUACGUCUGCGCAAGCGCGUAGUGGUACUGCGCGGCAUAUCCAACCAUCUUAUAUUCAGUAUACUCCCGAUCUUCGUGACGUUAGUACGUGUUUUCUCUAUUCGCAUAUUCUUUUAUCCAUCACAUGAAGGUAGAAGCAGGAGUAGAGAGCAUUCCUGAACUGCGUAAAACAGGGGCGGAGUGUACGAAGUAAGGUGCUCUCAUGUACGAGGAGUUUACUUGGGUCCAUUUUGACCCAUUUACGCUACAGGUUCACUCGCGAAGUCUCAACCGUGUGAAGGUUCACUUUGUGGCCAGAUUCUUCUAGCUGCGCCAUGACUUCAGGUCAUCGGUCACACGCGCGCACUUUUCAAGAUUGAGGAUUGCACUCUCCGUCGCCGAUUCGUAAGUAAUAUUUCCGCGAACUACAAGGGCGCCUCCAGCUACCAUCCCUGAUUUUGUAGGAUUAUUCUUGGCGCGAAACAGCUGAAUUUUCAAAUACUUUUUGAAAUUGAGAUUUUCUGAAGCGUAAGCGGGUCAAAAUAGACCCAAGUUAACUCCUCGUAUAUGAGGGCACUUUACUUCGCACACUGUGCCCCUGUAACAUAAGGGAUAUGUUUUGGGUUUGCAACCAGGCCCGUCCUUAGAGGUACCAUCACCCCCAGUCAGCAUCCCAGCACCCGCAGGCUAAAAAAUAUGAAAAAAAAGUGAAAAUAAAGGGUGAAAAGAGAGGAGAAGAAAGAGCCCAGAGAGAAAGUAAGGGAGAAAGAGCCGUUUAAAAUUUGGAAAAUAAUAUGGUUUUUCGUGAAUAUCGAGAUAUUAUACUUAUUUUUAUUUUUUACGCAGAAUUAAUAGGGGAAUCGAUCUGUGCAAAAAGAAAUAUGCAUUUCCAUUUAAAAAAUUGAUGCAAUUGUUAAUUGCACGUGCAUUGUUUGCACUUUAUAAAAUCUAUGGGCCUACCGAUUUAGUGCUCUUCGAACUAUUUAUCUUUCUCCUUUGGCAUUUUUUCAUGAAUGCGUUAAUAACAGAGUUAUCACCUGAAACAGUUGCGUGGCCCACCCUGUAUAAUGACCAAAUCGUAACGUAUAGAAACAUUUGAAAUUUCUUGAUAUUUAUCGUGUUUUUGGUACAUUCGAAUGUAACUUGGGCUUCUCAUGAUUAAGAAUAAGUAGAAGGGAAUGAGUUUUUCUCUUUUUCUUAACUAAUAGAAGUCUAAGCUGCACUGUACUGUACAUCAUCUUCCAACACAUUUCUCAUUGUCUCAUAAGUAUACAUUUAAUUAUGCUUCCCAUAGACGUCACUAUAUUAAUAAUACAGUUGUUUUAUUAAAAGUUUUCAACUAAGAAACCUUUAAAUACAAAAUAAUACAUGUUUUCUUGGACAUUGUUACAAAAUUUAAAAAAUCAACAUGUUUAACAGUAAUUUUAAUAAAUAGAUAUUUGUAUGAGAUAUUUCUUAAUUCAUAAAAUUAAUCAGACAAAUAGCCGGACUAUUUGUACGUUCUCCAGGACGAUUUUGAAAAAAAAAAAAAAAAAUCAUUCUUGUUGCCAUCAUUUUGAAGAUACGACUGAUAAAUUUGUAUAAACUCAUAAUUAUGUAUUCAGACAAAAAGUAACCAAUAUAAAAUUAAGUCAUGUAACAAUAUGAUAUUUGUAUGUACACUGGAUAUAUUUUGCAAUCUUGAAAUAAAUUGUAUUAUUAAAUUCUAUAUAUAUAUAUAUAUAUAUAUAUAAAAGAAACAGUUCAAAAAGAUAUGCAAGAGAAAAUAUUGUUAAUCGUUGCUAAAACUAGGACAAGAAACACUACUUCCAACGAAUUCUUGAAUCUUCAGCAAUAAAUGUGCUCAUUCUGAUUUCGAUAAGAAGUUUCAAUGGUUGAACCAAAAUUAUACAUAAAAUGAAAGGGAAGAAAAAAAGAAAUGGAAGCAAAUGUUUCUGUCCUAGUAUAUGACUAUGGAUUUAUAAAAAGAGUAUAGCGGAGUAUGAAUAUUGGAAAGGCAUAUACUAAUUGUAUUUCAUGAAAUAAUAAAUAUUAUCUUAUUUUAUAUUGUCCUCGGUUUCGAUUAACUUUUCUUUUUGACAAUUUCAACUUGUACCUAAUAAAAUCUCUCUAAAGGAAAACGAAUAGCAGAACAUUAUUAGAGGUACAUACUUGUUUAUCCUCAUUUUCAAUUACAUUUCUGUAUACCUACACAUAUUAACUUUCUGGUUUCUUUCUUUUUUAUUUUGUGUAUCUGUUUUCUUUUAACACUAAAUGUCAAAAGUGACAUAGUAAACACCAUUGUAUUACUUUCAUCACAAAUAUAUUAUUCACACAUAGGCAAAUAUUUAUCAUAAUUAUCGAGCCAAAGAAAGAUAUAUGCUAUAUAAGUUUCAUUCUGGCAGUAAACUGUACGUUCUGGAUAACGAACGUUUUCUUUCUUAUGUACAUACAUGUAUGUAACUAACUCGUACAACCAUUGCACGAGGAUAAUUAUUUUUUUUUUUUACUUUUUUUUUUUUACUUUCUUUAGUCACUUUAAACCCUACCUCACUGGUGAUGACAAAAAUGUAAUCCAUCAUGGCGUAUAAGUCUAUAAACUUAUAGUAUACAAGUUAUAACAUUAACUACCUAAAUUAUUGUCAUCAUCACGAGACGUGUAGAAGUUAAUUAACGUAUCGACAUUAAACAGUCGAACAGCUAAAUUAUAACAAACAGAAUUUUAUAUACCUAAAUCACUCGCAUUCAACAUACCAUUAUCCACGUAAAAACAUUUAGCUAAUAUAGCAUGUGUAUAACUUCAACAAUGCCUCUUUAUUCAUCGUUUAAAUUUCCUUCUAGGUUGCAAAUAUAACAUGAUUCCGAUAUUUGCAUGAUGCUUAACAAAAAUCACAUUUCUUUUCUUUUAAGAAAAAUAAUACUUAUACUUGACAACUGAAAAUACAAACUACAUACACAUCUUGAACGCACUUACAACAUGUAACAACACAAGAGAUGAUUACAAAUUGUGAUAAUCUAUAGAAGUAAGAUGUUUACAACAGACGUAAGAUCGUAUAGUUAUAGUAUAAUCAAUAAAAAAAGAAAAGAGGAAAUUCUGUUUUGAUUAAAAACCAAACAACAUAGCAAAAUACUGAUGAUCAAAUGCCAAAACGUUGUUGAACUACUUUGAAAACUAUCCACCACAGGUCGAAUUAUUUUCAUUGCUGGCGACGAAAGUAACAUCUUAAUGUUACGUUUUGUCACGUAAAAAAAAAAAAAAAAAAAAAAA